AUGAAAAACACAACAGGUGUCAAUGGUGUGGCCUACCUAGCCACAAUGAUCACAUUUGGGCCGCUGUUUGCGAGGACCUUUUGCUUUGUCGGUAUUGUUGAAAGGAUGUCGGGGCUGGCGGAUGUAAGAGACAAUAAUAUUGCCAGGAUUGUCAUUGUUGGUCAAAUGAAAUGGGCUAGUGAAAUCAAUAACAGAGGAAGAAAAGCUAUUACCAUUGGUCAUAGUGUUCCCAUCAGGGAUGACAUUGGUGGAGUCUUCAAAAAGAUGAGAUUUUUUCGAUUUAGUGACGAAGUUGAAGCAAAAAUAUUGGACAAAAAUGAAAAGGGACUGAUUAUGAAAAUGAUUGAGGCAAGAGAAGAGAAAGCAAAGAAUGGAGAGUCAAUGGGAUUUGGGCAUGAUUUCUUUGAAAUGUUGUUAAAAUCUGGUCAUGAUACUGAAGAAGAUUCUAAGCUAUCACUGCAAGACAUCUUGGAUGAAUGCAAGACCCUCUAUUCUGCUGGUCAUGAGACCACGUAUGGCCUAAUCACUUGGAUAAUUAUUCUCUUAGCCAUGCACCUAGAGUGGCAAGAUAAGGCGAGGAAAGAGGUAACUGAAGUCUUCAGCUCAAAAUUUGUGGUAAAAGUAUGGUGGGUUCCUCUUAGGAUAACCAGGUUCAUGGAGAAGCAGGGAAUUAGAGGACCCCCGUACAAAUUUCUCCAUGGAAACAACAAGGAAGUGGAGCAGAUGGUGAGGGAAGCAAGUGCAAAACCAAUGGAUCUCUCGCAUAACACCUUUUCAAGGACCCAGCCUUACAUAUACACUUGGACCAAAAUCUAUGGGGACAAUUUUUUGAGCUGGGUGGCCCCAAAACCUCAGCUAUUUAUCAGAGAGCCAGAGCUAAUAAGGGAGAUACUUAACAACAAGAACGGAGACUACCAAAAACCAGAAAUGAAUCGAAUAACUGAAAAGCUCUUGGGAGAUGGGCUUGCGUCCACUAACAAUGAGAAGAAAUGGGCUUUCCACCGUAAGAUGGCCAACAAGGCCUUUAAUGCGGAAGGAGUCAAGGGUAUGUUUUCAGAUAUGGUGAGGAGCACUGAGGAGAUGCUAGGAAGAUGGAGAGAAAAAGAAGGCCAGGAGAUCGAAAUUUCUAGCGAACUAAGGCUCUUGACACAAGAUGUAAUUUCAAGGACGGCAUUUGGAAGCAACUAUUUACAGGGCCAAAAACUGUUCAACUUGUUUUCAAAGAUGGGAAUUUUGUUCUCUUCAAAUAUUCGAAAAGUCCGGUUUCCAGGUAGUGGAUUUUUUCGAUUUAGCGACGAAGUUGAAGCAAAAAUAUUAGAUGCAGAAAUAAUGAGACUGAUUAUGAAAAUGAUUAAGGCAAGAGAAGAGAAAGCAAAUAAUGGAGAGUCAGUGGGAUAUGGGCAUGAUUUCUUUGGAAUGUUGUUAAAAUCUGGUCAUGAUACUAAAAAAGAUGCCAAGCUAUCGCUGCAAGACAUCUUGGAUGAAUGCAAGACCUUCUACUUUGCUGGUCAUGAGACCACGUAUGGCCUAAUCACUUGGAUAAUUAUUCUCUUAGCCAUGCACCCAGAGUGGCAAGAUAAGGCAAGGAAAGAGAUGAACAUGAUCAUCAAUGAGACCCAGAGACUGUAUCCUGCUGCGACAAUCAUAAGUAGGCAAGUUAGGAGAGAGGUGAAGUUUGGGAAACUUAGCAUCCCAUCAGGAACUGAAGUGGUGAUACCAGCUUUAGCAAUACAAUAUGACCCACAACAGUGGGGAACUGAUGUUCAUCUCUUUAAACCGGAACGCUUUUCGCAAGGGGCUAUGAAUGCAUCAAAGAGCCCAAUGGCAUUCAUACCAUUUGGCUUUGGCCCUCGCAUGUGUGUAGGCCUCAACUUCGCCACUCUUCAGACUAAAGUGGCUCUCUCUAUGAUACUCCAACGUUUCAGUCUACUUCUCUCUCCAUCUUAUCGCCAUGCUCCCAUAACCAGGGUCACUACACAGCCACAACAUGGGGCUCCUAUCAUCCUCAAUCCACUAUAG